AUGUUUGGCAAACCGGCGUUUGGAACGACAUCAUCUGCAUUUGGAAGCAGUUCACUUUUUGGAACUCCAACAAAACCUGCUGUCGGAUUUUCUAAUCAGCAGAUGACACAGACUGGCAGUAUUUUUGGACAGAAAUCGCUUUUUGGUUCUUCAACUCCACAACAGACCUCUUUGUUCGGAAGCAGUCAGCCUGCUGCAACUUCCUCAUCUUCUCUGUUUGGGCAGUCAAAAUCUCUUUUUGGUUCUGCAACGACGCAGCCUUCCGGAUUCGGCACUUCAAGUUCUCUUUUUUCUGGAACACAGACUUCCACACAGUCUGGCGGACUUUUUGGAGGGAGCUUUGGAGCUUCAACUGCCACCGGUACCACUGUGAAGUUUGAACCUCCUACAGGAACUGAUACUAUGAUAAGGAAUGGUACUAAUCAAACAAUCAAUACAAAGCAUAUGUGCGUAGUUGCUAUGAAACAGUAUGAAGGCAAGAGUAUUGAGGAAUUAAGAUGUGAGGAUUACAUAGCUAACCGGAAGGGACCGCAGUCGUCUGGAAGUUUGGCUUUUGGACAAGCGAGUCAACCGUCAACUUCCGGGUUGUUCUCGUCAUCUACGACGACCACGCAGUCGUCACUUUUUGGCCAAAGUAAAUCUUUAUUUGGCAAUGCGUCUUCCGGUUUUGGGAAUACUGCUACGUCAACCUCAUUAUUUGGCUCGCAACAAAGCACGGGGAACUCGAUAUUUGGGCCGAAAAAAACCGGUCUUUUUGGAUCUACUGCUACUUCAACUGCCUCACCAUUUGGACAGACACAGCAAACUGGAACAGGGCUAUUUGGGUCGAAACCUGGUUUUGGUACUCAACAGACUUCAUUAUUUGGUGCAACUUCGACAUUUGGAACGACGGCUUCAACAUCUGGUCCAUUUUCGUUCGGAACAACUUCUACAACCUCUACACCGUUUGGACAAACACAGCCUGCGACUUCUGGGUUUGGUUUCUCACAACCUGCUUCAUCUGCCCCUUCUACGAAUCUUUUUGGUGCCAAACCUGCAACUUCCGGUUUUGGAGCAUUUGGAAGUUCGCCGGCCACAUCAGCUUUCGGUUCACAGCCAAGCAGCGGAGGUUUAUUUGGCUCUAAACCUGCUACGGGUCUAUUUGUUUCAAACACUGGUUCCCUUUUUGGAAAUACCGCAACAUCUUCGGCACUCUUUGGUUCAGCUGUAUCGAAACCGACAACGUCACUUUUUGGAUCAAAUACUGGACAAGCAACUUUUGGUGCUCAAGCCCCUGUGAUUGCUCCAGCACCGGCAGCACCUAUAGUGUUGGGGGCUGAUGUCAACCAGACCCUAUUGCAGAAUGCACUAAUCGAAGCCCAGAUCGCGGCUUCACCGUAUGGUGAUAGUCCCCUUUUAAAAUUGGUUCCUAAGGAAGUUUCGGAAAAAAAUGAUGUUCCAAAUCCUACCAGUGUCGAAAGACAAAUGCGGUUCUUAGCUUCUAAAAAAGAAAAAGGAGCAAACACGACUACAGUGAAUGGACCAUCCGCUCUUGGUUCUAUUCCAGCUGCUGGGUUACCUAUAUCAAUGCCGUCGUCGUACGGCAGAAAUCGUACUUCACCUGGUGAUUUUACUUACCGUCCUGUGUUUUCACCUCCAGCUUUAAAAAAUAGAGUGGUGUCACCUAUUGUUAAUCUCAACACUUCAUUAAACAAGUCGUCCUUACUUAAUGGCUCAGAAAGAGAUGAUAGUAUUGCAGUUUUGCUGGACCAGAAUGACAGUAGCCUAAUCUUACAAAAUAGAAGGACCUCUAAUGUUAAGCGAUUGGAUCUUGCCUUGCUGCAUAGAUCUCUGCAAGAAAGCAGAAAUCGUAAUGCUCAAAAUUUGUCUUUUUCUGCUUCUGCGCAGUUCGCUGGCGAAGACCAUCAGGAUGAUCCUGCUUUGCAUGAUCGUGAAUCUUCUCAAGCUGCAUCCUAUGGUGAUGGGGCCGGAAGUGAUCCCUUGCAGGGGCAGAGGAAUGCGUCACAAAGUGUAGAAACCCCUGUCAGCAGCGAUGGUGAUAACAUCUCCUCUGAUAGACGACACAUUUCCCUUCGUAGUGACAGGAUGUCUCAAGCUGCGGCUACGAAAGCCAGCCCAGAAAAUCGUGGCAGCGGCAGUGCUAACCGCGAUAAAAGCAGUUUAGCUAGCCCGGAAAGCUCAAGUUUUAACAGUUAUGCAGGUUCUUCAGCUCGUACAGUAGUUUCACAUCCAGCUGGAAUAAAACUAACUAGGUCUGAUUAUGAAUGUGAGCCUUCGUUGGAAGAGCUGGCAGCAAUUGCUGAAAGAAAUGGAGGGAAGUGUUAUAUUGAAGACGGGUUCACGGUGCGACGUCUUGCGUAUGGCAGCGUGUUCUGGCCGGGGCCGUUUGAACUUUCAGACGUUGAUUUAGAUGAAAUUAUUCACUUUCGUCAACAUGAGGUAACGGUCUAUCCAGAUGACGAUAAGAAACCGCCGGUGGGCGAAGAGUUGAAUCGUUUUGCUGAAGUCAGCUUGGAGAGAGUGUGGCCAGUGGACAGGCAGACAAAAGAAAUUAUAAAAGAUGCCGUCCUUGUUGAGUCUUGCGGCUUCAGGUCUAAACUUGAACGUUGUUGUGCAACAAUGGGUGCAAAAUUCAAAGAUUACAGGGCAGAUACUGGCACAUGGGUUUUCACUGUGCCCCACUUUACCAAAUAUGGGCUACUGGACGAGAGCGAUGAGGAAAUGCCAAGCUCGGAGCAAUUGGUAGCUUCUAAAAUUGAUAAUCUUGUCCAGUCUGCAGUGCAACGGGCACGUCCGCCACUCGGGUUAAGAAAUCAGUUUGGGGAUGCGGAGGCAGCUGUUGAAGCUACUGGUCUCAAGAAGUCAAGAGGAGACCUGAGUAUUUCAUUGGAAGCAGGUGGUAUUGAAGUAGCGCAGUCUUCGAUAAGCAGUAGGGGGUUAGGAGGCACUUACGGCGGAAGAGUUGAAGAGAUCAGUGAAAAUUCAUUUUUAAAUUUUACUGGAACUACCGUUGGUUCAUUUGCUGGGCGAACACCCUUAGAGAGUAGGAGUGCUCGGAGAACAUUUUUACAUGACGAACCAUCGUGUUUGGAUUCUAUACUCAAGGAUUCGCUGACUUUAGAGUUAAGUGAAAGAGAAUCAAGCAAGUACUCACAAGUUGAGCUGCAGACUGUUGAGCCUUUGACCGACUUACCUUAUAUUAGAGCUGAGAACUCCGUUACUGAGCGUCUUUUCGGAAAGAAAAUUUCGCGUCUUGAUGUUAGUUUAUUUCAUGGACGGAGUGGGCGAAUCGGUUGGGGUCCAGGAACAAAGUAUGCACUUAGCGCACUUCCCGAGUCAUUUUCUGUUGUGGUUCGACAAAUGCAGUCUGCUGACGGCAGCCUUGUGGACUUUUUGCGGGACAUGAUGGAAAAAAUGCUCUAUUCAUGUUCUUACACUGAAAAACCAAAAACUAAUUUCUUUGGUGCUAGUAUUUCCGUCCCACUAGUGAAGCUGUCUGCUGAGCCUUCCGCAGUGAUUGAUGCAUUUAUUGAGCUUUCUCGAAAACACAAGCAGUAUGAUGAUUUAAAGGUUUGGAAACUCUGUAAAGCGCUGUUUACUGAUGAGUCACAUAUCAAUGUGAGGAAUGAGAAAUUAAAACAAAUUCUACAACGCGAGUGCCUUGGAAGAUGGCUUCGAGAGGUAGUAGCCCAAGAGCACAAGAAUGAUACUUUGCCCACUUCUGGCUCUGCUCUUAUAUUUUAUUAUUUGUGCAGUGGCGACCUUAUAUCUGCUGUCAAGGAAGCGAUAACUUCCAAACGACAUCUGCUUGCCAUUACUCUUGCUACUUUUCAAAAUUCUCGUCGAGCAGCAUACAGGAAACAGAUAAAUUACUGGUUGAGCUGUGGUGCUCACGAAUAUAUUGAUGAAAACUUAAUGAAAGUUUACUUGAUUAUGGCUGGAAUACCUGCUGUAGAAAUUAAAGGUCGUCAAGUUUGCAUUACUGAUGGGCUUGACUGGGCACAGGCAUUAGGACUUUACGUGUGGUAUUACUGUACCGCAGAAACCACAAUGCUCGAAGCAGUACAAGCAUUUGAGUCGUUUAUUAGCGAAAAGGAAGGAUCUGAAGUAUUUCAGUCUGUUUAUUUUGGCCUUGUCAAACUUGCAUGUAAUAAAAAUUAUUUGCUGGCUCCCUUGUUAGAGCCGACGGCCUUCUCUUCAAACUACCUUGAUUACCGUGUCACAUGGCCUUUGUUUUGCUUACUCGAGUCAUUAGGAUUUAGUAACCUUCCGGAGACCGCUCAGUGUAAGAUUCACGUCGGCUAUGCGGAGCAGCUUGCUCAACUUGAUCUUGUCGAUCUAGCGGUCUUUGUUCUAAUGCAUAUUCCUCAUGAUUCCACUCGAUGCAAUGCUGUUUCUUCAAUGACAGAUCGUUUGGCGGAUAAAGACGCUGUCGAACAAUGGGAAAAGCUGGUUGAAUUGAAUGUACCGUCAGAGAUCAUUGCGCAUUCAAAGUUCUUAAAUGCGAGGAUUCAUUCCGAUUUUGUUGAGAUGUGCCGUUAUGCUCUGGAAGCAAAAAUGUUUGAGGAAGCCCAUCUCAUAUUCGUCAGCCAAGUGGGCCCAUAUGCCGUUAUAAAUGAUCAGUUGGAUAUUUUGAGUGACUUCUCUUUGAAGUUUGAGGAGAGUAGCAGUUAUAUAAGCAAUUGGGGGCCUUGUGGCCAAGUAUAUACAGAUUUUUGUCGUCUGCAACAGUCUAUUCGAGAAAUUCAGGAUGAAACACAGGUUAAUGAACUCGUCGAUCUUGCACGGUCUUUGGGUUUACGACUGUCUUAUAUGGAAACUAAAACUAACCUUGAACGGUUGAGUGUGGCUGUAGUGGCUCGUAUGGUGUAUGAAAUCCUUGCUAAGUUUGAAGGCGAUAAACUUGCCAGUCUUCCCCUCGCAUUAGACAAAGCUGUAGGUGUAGCUUCUGACUGCGCUUCAUUGUCAGCAUUGGAUUAA